GUUUUCUAUUAAAUUUUGUUUAUUCGGUUAUUUAGUACUCAACUCAUCCUUCUCGAAUCUUUUUAUUUCUAUUUCAAAGAAGACUUGGCGGGAGUUAUUCAAAUUCCACAGAAUCUCCUGUCUCAAACCAGUUGAAUUAUUCUUAUAGACCGGUUUGGUUCAUCAAACUGCAAACGGCAUACACGCAAAAGGCCAAAUUAGAGAAACUAGGGGUUUUCUAGAAAGAGCAAAAAUAUAGAUGGUAGAGACAAAGAGAGAAGAAGCUUUGCUCCCUUCCUAAUUAUAGUUCCUUAAUCUCUUCUCCUCCUUCGAAGCCAUUUCUCCAAACCCAAAAGAGAAACCAUCACGAUUCCUCUCUUUCCAACAAUCUUCUCUUCUGAAUAUAUCCCCAAGUUCAAAGUUUCGAUUGUCUUUUUUGCUUGUAACGCAAGGCUGUUGCGUCAAGGAACCCCGGAGAGAAGGUUUCUCCACCGUUGAGAAACCUUUCACUACAGAACAAGACUUCAUUAUUAUGGCUGACUCUCCGGAGACUUCACCUCCUGCCCCAGAAACCCCUAAUGCAGGUUCUCAGACUUCACCUCCUGCCCCAGAAACCCCUAAUACAGGUUCUCUGUCUAAUGGUACAUCGCCGCCAAUACCGCCUGAGGCAUCUCCACCGUCUCCUGCUGCUGCUCCUCCUCCAACGCCACCAGCUUCUUCACCUCCACCUGCACCACCGACGCAGGAAACCUCUCCUCCUCCAUCAUUGCCAUCCUCUCCUCCGGCUGUACCUAAUACACCACCCCAAACUCCAAAGAAUCCUUCUCCACCUUCUCCUCAAGUCCCAUCUCCUGUAACGCCACCUGCACCUCCUGUAACUCCACCUGCACCUCCUGUAACGCCACCUGCACCGCCUCAAGUACCGUCCAACCAAUCACCUCCUUCACAAAGACCGUCUCCUCCUUCUCCUCCUGUUGCAAACGAUGACCGCGACAGAAUCAACAGUAACAACAGAGAAGGUUCCACACCGCCGUCUCCACCGUCUGGAAACAGAAGUCCCAGUGACGGUGCCUCACCUUCACCGCCUCGCUCAAUAAGCCCUCCUCGGAAUAGCGGAGAUUCAGACACGUCAUCACCACCAGGGGAACAUCAGCUGCACCAAGGCAACCUUGGACUGGUUAUUGGAGCCAUUGUAGGAGUGGGGUUAUUGCUUAUACUUCUAAUGUUUAUUUGCAUCUGUUGCUACAAGAAGAAAAAGGAGAAACGUGCUCUUCAAGUCAACCACAUGCAUUACUACAACAACAACACUCCCUUUGGAGCAUCCAAUGGUAAUGGUGGUUAUUACACCAAUGGAACACCUCAAGACCAUGUAGUGAACAUAGAUGACCAAGGAGGUGGAAACUGGGGCCCACAGCAACCUGUGUCUGGUCCUCAUAGUCCUCCAGCUGCGACUCUUGGUCACAACCAAAGCACUUUCACCUACGAUGAACUCUCCAUUGCAACAGAAGGUUUCUCUCAGUCUAACUUGCUAGGGCAAGGAGGAUUUGGGUAUGUUCACAAAGGGGUUUUGCCCAGUGGCAAAGAAGUUGCAGUGAAGAGUCUUAAACUUGGAAGUGGACAAGGAGAACGCGAGUUUCAAGCAGAGGUUGAGAUCAUUAGCCGUGUCCAUCAUCGUCAUCUUGUCUCUCUUGUUGGAUAUUGCAUCUCUGGUGGUCAAAGGCUGUUGGUGUACGAGUUUUUACCUAAUAACACUCUUGAAUUCCAUCUUCACGGAAAAGGCCGUCCAGUAUUGGAUUGGCAUAUAAGAGUGAAGAUUGCACUGGGAUCAGCUAGAGGCCUUGCAUAUUUGCAUGAAGACUGUCAUCCUCGCAUCAUCCAUAGAGAUAUCAAAGCUGCUAAUAUUCUUCUUGAUUACAGUUUUGAAACUCAGGUUGCAGAUUUUGGAUUAGCUAAGCUAUCUCAAGACAACAAUACUCAUGUCUCCACUCGCGUCAUGGGAACUUUCGGAUACUUAGCUCCAGAGUAUGCGUCAAGCGGAAAGUUGUCAGACAAAUCUGAUGUUUUUUCAUUUGGGGUAAUGCUUCUUGAGCUCAUAACUGGACGACCUCCAGUGGAUCUAAGCGGAGAAAUGGAAGACAGCUUGGUAGAUUGGGCAAGGCCUCUGUGUUCGAAAGCAGCUCAAGAUGGAGAUUACAGGAAAUUGGCAGAUCCGCGUCUAGAGACAAACUACGAUCAACAAGAGAUGGUUCGAAUGGCUUCUUGUGCAGCUGCAGCCAUCAGACACUCAGCAAGAAGACGACCUAAGAUGAGCCAGAUUGUGCGAGCGCUAGAAGGAGAUAUGUCAAUAGAGGAUCUAAGCGAAGGAGGAAGAGCAGCGCAGAACACGUAUUUGAGCCCAGGAAGCGGGAGCUCGGAGUAUGACGCGAGCUCGUACAGUGCAGACAUGAAAAAGUUCAGGAAGUUGGCAUUAGAGAGUAAAGAGCACCAGACCAGUGAGUAUGGCUUGAAUCCUUCUGCUUCAAAUAGUGAAGAGAUGCAUAGAGAUUCAGUGAAACGCAAUCCUCAGUUUUAAAAAAACACUUUCAUCUCUUUUGCUAAGUCUUUUGUUCCUUUGUUUGUUUCCUUCAUUUUGCAUCAAAGAAUUGCAGUUUAAAAAAAGUUAGAAACUACUGUAUGAUGUUUGUUUUAGA